AUGUCGGAAUUUGAAGAGCAAAUAGCUAAGCAUGGAUUGUAUCUAGAAGAGUCUACCGAGGCAUCGAAGACGGUUGCUAUCAUUCACAAAGCACGCGUUACCGCUGCUGGAAUCUCUCUUUGGGGCCCGGAAGCAGAAAACAAUAAUCGAGUUCUCAGAAAGUAUUCUGGACACCAUGAAUUCUUUCUGCGAGUCCAAUUUAGCGACGAAGACGGAAAUCGGUUGGCCUUCAGCAAAAAUACUUCCAACAAGCCAAUAUUCGACAGGUUCCAAAAGAUCUUGGACGACGGGAUUUCCAUUGCGGGUCGGCAAUUUUCUUUCCUCGGGUUUUCUCAUUCCUCACUUCGUUCUCAAUCUUGCUGGUUCAUGGCUCCUUUCGCUCAUGAAGGUUCGCUUUUGUACUACAAACAGGUCAUAUCAGGGUUGGGCGACUUCAAGAACAUUCGGAUUCCAGCAAGAUGCGCCGCUCGCAUAGGUCAAGCGUUUAGUGAUACUAGGGAUGCAAUAAGGUUACCACUUGAUAUCAAGAGAGAGAUUCCUGAUGUAGAGAGAAAUGGUCGAACUUUCAGUGACGGAUGUGGAAUUGUCUCGAGACAAGCUCUGUACUUAAUAUGGGCAGGCCUUCCUCCGGGCAAGAGUCCCACAGUUCUUCAACUUAGAUAUCAAGGUGAGUACGACGCUCGAAGACUCAUCUCACUUUAAAGCUAUUCGAUAGUAUAAAGGUCAUCAUGUGGUACCAGGUACUGACUUUGAACAAAAGGAGCAAAAGGCGUGCUUUCGCUAGAUACUCGCCUUGUCGGCUCUCAACUGUGCUUACGAAACUCAAUGACAAAAUUCCGAGGCUCUAAUUCAGCUGAUUUGGAAAUAUGCACAGCGGCUUAUAAGCCGAUCACUCUCUAUCUGAACGAGCAGCUGAUACCAAUCUUAGAGGUGCUAGGCAUUGAGAAUAAAUGGUUUCUCGACCUCCAAAGAACUGAGAUCGAGCGACUUUACUCGACCACUUUGACAGCCAACAAUGCCUCUCAAUUUCUCUCAUCCCAUUCCAUUGGCGACAAAAUCGGGUUGCCACGGUUUUUGAAAGUUUUGGUCAACUAUCGUGUUUCCUUCCAAGAAGACGACUUUCUCACAAGGGUCGUUGAAACGGCUGUACUCAUUCAGUUACGGACCCUAAAAUAUAAGGCUAGAAUUCCUGUGCGAAAAGGCUUCACACUUUUAGGAAUCAUGGAUGAGACUGGAAUCCUCGAAGAAGGCCAGGUGUUCUGUAUAGCAGAUAUAGAUGGCGUUUCCAAAGUCAUAACUGGAGAAGCCGGACGCCCAAUCAUUAUUUCAAGAUCGCCCGCACUACAUCCAGGUGGGUAA